UAAAAUAGCAUCAUGGAAGUAGGAGGGGGGGGGGGGCUUCAUGAUUCACUAUGGGGGGGCCAGAGUAUAUUGCAAAGGCCCUAGCGGAUGGUGUGCAUAACUGUCAUACAGUGGUGUCAAAACAAAAUUGUUGAUAGUGCUGCUCACUAGUACAUGAAGCUGGCAUGUUCCAACGGCUUUCCAUGGGCGUGCGUGUUUGUGCAAGUGGGUUGAAGGUCCUCCUCGCUCAAGCUGCGUGCAGUGAGAUGUCACCUCCCUCCGUCCCCUUCCUCCUCCUCCUCCUCCCCCCACCCGGGUGAUGAUUCGCGAGGAGGAAGAUGCGCGCGCUCACAGCCUUCCGCCGACCUUCGCCUGCUUCGCUCGGACUCACCGACGCACCGUUGUGACGCCGCCGCAGCCGCCGGAGCUGGAGCGCCUCGUCGGCUGCCCGCCGCGGGACUCCCGGGUGCUUCGCCUGCUUUCCAGCGGCUUCGUUCGCCUCCCGCCCCCUCGACCCCCCCGCCGCAGCCGCAGCAGCAGCAGCAGCAGCAGAAGAGCUCCACCAACCCCGAGAGCGAGGCAGAUGCCCGUUGCAGCGCUGUCAGCCCGGCUUCUACUAUGGUGGAGUUCCCGUCCCUAAGCCCUUACUGGCCGCUUCUUCGCUUCUUGGUGCCUCUUGCGAUCACCAAUGUUGCCAUCGACCUCGGCGAGCAGGCGCUCAACAGGGGCAUCGCCACGGUCAAGGAGGAUGCGGUAGAGAUGCUGGCCAGCUACGGGCUGGCCUACUCGCUCAUGAAGUUCUUCACGGGCCCCAUGAGCGACUUCAAGAACGUGGGCCUGGUCUUCGUCAACAGCAAGCGCGACCGCCAGAAAGCUGUCCUGUGCAUGGCGGCGGCAGGCGCCAUCGCCUUCGUGCUGCACAUCUUGAUAGCCUAUACGGACCUGGGCUACUACAUCAUUAACAAGCUCCACCAUGUGGACGAGUCUGUGGGCCAUAAAACUCGGAAGGCUUUCCUCUACUUGGCCGCUUUCCCUCUACUGGACGCGAUGGCGUGGAUUCACGCCGGGAUCCUACUCAAGCAUAAGUUCAGCGUCAUCGUGGGCUCCGCCUCCAUCUCCGACGUCGUGGCACAGAUCGUCUUUGUGGCCAUCCUGCUGCACAGUAACCUGGAGUGCGUGGAGCCCCUCCUCAUCCCCAUCCUCUCGCUCUACAUGGGCGCCUUGGUCCGCUUCAGCAUCGUGGGCCUGGGCUACUACUGCAACAUCCACGACACCAUCCCGGACUCCAGUGGCCCGGAUGUCGGGGGUGACGCCACCAUCAAGAAGAUGCUGAGCUUCUGGUGGCCGCUUGCGCUCAUCCUGGCAACCCAGCGCAUCAGCAGGCCCAUUGUCAACCUCUUCGUGUCAAGAGACCUCAAGGGGACCACUGAAGCUACGGAGGCAGUGGCCGUGCUGACGGCGACAUACCCGGUGGGUCACAUGCCCUACGGCUGGUUAACCGAACUGCGAGCCGUGUAUCCCGCCUUCGACAAGAACAACCCCAGCAACAAGCUGAACGCCGGCACACCCGUGACAAAGUCGCAUAUUAAAAAGUUUACAUUCUGCUGUCUGGCCCUCUCGCUCACGCUUUGCUUCGUGGUCUUCUGGAGCCCGCACGUCUCCGAGAAGAUCCUGGUGGACGUCAUCGGCGUCGAGUACCCCUUCGCUAUGCUCUGUGUGGUGCCCCUUCGCAUUUUCUCCUUCUUCCCGCUACCAGUGACGGUCCGGGCCCACCUAACGGGCUGGCUGAUGACGCUGAAGAAGACGUUCGUGUUGGCGCCCAGCUCGGUGCUGCGCAUCGUCGUCCUCAUCACCAGCCUGGUGGUGCUGCCCUACAUGGGGGUUCACGGGGCCACCCUGGGGGUGGGUUCCCUGCUGGCCGGCUUCAUCGGCGAGUCCACAAUGGUCGCCAUAGCAGCCUGCUAUGUUUACCGACAACAGCGUCACAGCGAGCUGUCCAACGAGCUGGUGGUGGAGGCCGAGGACUCGGCCCCCAUGAGCGAGGUGCGCUCGCGAUCGCCGACAGACGGCGCCGAGGAGCUCGGCGAGGGCAACGAGGACGACGAAGGGCGAGAACGAGGGAGAAAGGAGGAAUUCUCCCAACGGCGCCCUCCCCAUCUCCGUGACGACGCGCACUGUAAACAAAGCCAUCGGAGCGUUGAUCCAACGAGUGUACAUAGCGUCAUGGCUUCCUUGGUGUUUACCGGUAAACAAAGGAAUGACAAAUGAGACGACGGCAAGGGGACAAAGGCAACGUGCUUCAACAUUUGAAAUCCGCACAAGUCGUGGGACUUUUUGCUGGGUUGUGCAAUUGUGUUUUGACAUCAAAAGUGACUGUACAGACCAUCGUUUUCUACAGUGGAUAUUGGACAGAACCGAGGGGUCGGGAAUCCCUCUCCUUCAUCAUCAUCAUCAUCAUCACCAUGCAUUCACUUCCAAGACCUGCUUAUGUUUGGCCAAUCAUCAUCAUCAUCAUCUUCAUGUACUGUAUAUACUGUACAGACAUUCUUAUUUGGCAAAUACAUUGCUUUAUUAUUAUUA